AUGCCACUUUCACAUGGGUUAAGCACGAAGGAAAACCUGCAGAACAUGGUGGGGAGGACAGAUAUGACUAAGAUAGAAGCUGCAGUGGAGGUAGAAAAUUUGGAAUGGCUGCGAAGAAGCCUGGUGGGGGUCACGACGAAGCCCAUUGAUUUCGCAUCGCUGAGGGAAAUGGUAGCGAAGAACUUGCCUUCUGUUAUCCAAAUUCGGGAAAUGGGGGCUUGUAAAGCUCUGUUGACGUUUGAUAGUGUUCUCCAUGCAGACAAAACAUACACUUUUAAGUUGAAUGUUCUGCUACAAGCUUUUCACAGGGUAUGGAAGUGUAAGGAGUCGGAGCGGAGUGGAUCUCGAAGAGUGUGGCUUGAAUGUUUCGGGGUUCCGCUUUGCGCAUGGUCUGCUGACACUUUCAAGAGGAUAGGAGGACAAUGGGGAGCAGUAGUUGGGUGUGCAAAAGAGACAGAAUUGUGCAGCACAUUCACGGUAGGUCGUGUACGGAUCGAUACGUGUGUCAUGGAUGUGAUACAACAGAGGAUUCAGAUUAUUGUUGGUUCUAAGGCUUAUGAAGUUUUGGUAAAGGAGUGUGGGCAUGAAGCGUCGAACAUGCAGUACAAAGAAGAUUUAUUGGAUAAUGGAACCACCAACUGGGAGUCCUUGUAUCAUGAUAUAGCAAUUACGAAUGUCGGAAGGGAUGUGCCGGGUCCUUCUAAGGAGACCAUUCACGACGAAGGAUUGCUGAUGAUGGUGGAAAGGAGGGAUGAAGACGACAAGGGUAGAGUUGUAAUUUCUGAUGAUUAUUUGAAUGAAUGGAUUAAUUGCAGUGUCAAUCACAAUUACGGAAAACUAGUAACGUAUCAAGAUGUUAGAGGCACAAAUCAGGGAAUUUUUUAUCUUGGGGGUGAUAAUAUGGCAAGUUAUGAUGCCGAAUCGGAUAGGACAGUUACCUGUUUAUACACUCCAAGACGUAAUGGACUGGAAAGAGUUGACAAAAAGAUUGAGAAGAUGGCGCUGCUGUGGAUGGGGGGACAGGACUGGUCAGUGGUGCAGCGCUCCUGCCAGAUCGGGGAGGUAGGCACGAACUGUGGUCAACUGGGAAAUAGGCAGGAAAUCAUUCGGGAAGAGAAUGGAGGGAGCUGGGCUGUUGGGAAGGUUGGGGAAGACAUGGGAGGUGAUGGGGCUGGGCAGGAAAACUGCGAGGAAGCGGGAGGGGACAAUGAUGAGCAGGGACUAGAGGAACAGAUAAUGGAAAAUAAAUUGACUUUGGCACUGGCAAUGGAAUCAGGGGCAGUGGUGUAUGAGGAGGAGGAUGACAUUAUGGCCAUUCUUCAAGUGCAGAACGAGAAAAUUGCUCAGAAGAGAAAGUUGGAAAAACAGAAGGCGAAGAUGAGACGGGGGUUACGGGGUGACGGGAAGAUGAGAAUGGUAAAGGACUUAAAAAAGAAACAGAACUUAAGUAUGGUAGGCUUGAUUGAGACUAAAAGGAUGGUAGUGACGAGGUUUGACGUGGCACGGAUUUGGGGGAAUGAUGGGGCGGGAUGGGAUUAUGUUGGCUCGAAUGGUGCAUCUGGGGGACUUUUGUUGAUCUGGGAUGAACUGAUUUUUAGAAGGAAUAACUGCUAUAAGGGGGAUAGGUGGUUGUGUGUUAAAGGAGUCUUGUUAAAGCACAAUUUCAACUGUGCGUUUUUCUUGGUCUAUGGUGCACAUAGUAGAGAAGAGAAGAGCCAGGUGUGGGAGGAGUUGAGCUACAUAGCUGGCCUAUGUCAGGUCCCUUCCUGUUUUAUAGGAGAUUUUAAUGAGAUUGCGAAUGUGGAGGAACGGAAAGAUACCACUAGUCUAUCUCGGUCUGUAGAGGAGUUCAAGGAUUGGAUACAGGAUAUGCACCUAGUGGAUUUACCGCUCUCUGAUUGCAAGUAUACUUGGUUUCGGGGCCGUUCAUGCAGUCGUAUUGAUAGGGCUAUGGUUAGUGUGGAUUGGCUGGAAGAGUUUCCUGAGACUCGAUUAAGGGGUGGUCCAAGGGGUCUAUCAGAUCACUGUCCUAUAAUAGUGGAAGAUAAAAUGAUGCGUCGAGGUCCUAGGCCUUUUCGUAGUCUUGAUUCUUGGUUUACACACGAAGGCUUUUUUAGUAUGGUAAAGGAGGAAUGGAGAUGCUUAGGGGAGAUGCAGUUUAUAGAUAAACUGAAGGCGUUAACGGGCCCCUUGGGGAGAUGGCACAAGGUCAAUUUUGGGGAGAUGGACAGCAAGAUUCUGAAGUUAGAGGAAGAAAUCAAGAAGGUGGAUGAUUUGGUAGGCAGUGGCGUGUAUGAUGGAACUAUGGAGGCUAGAAGACGGGCGCUAGUUACCUACUCUGAGAGGUGGUAUGUGAGGAAGGAAAUUCACUGGAAGCAGAUGUCUCGGGAUCGGCAUGCGAAGGAUAUGGACAAGAACACAAGAUAUUUCCAUAAUAUAGCGUCGGCAAGAAGAAGGAAUAAUAGGAUUGAUUCUUUGAUCAUUAAUGGCAGACUGGUGAGGAACCAAGCUAGAAUAAAAAUAGCUAUCAGAGGGUUUUACAAAGAUCUAUAUCAUCAGGAAGAUUCUCCUAUAUUGGGAUUCAGAGAUGGGCUGGUAGCAAGGAUAGAGGAGGAAGACUCUGUGACAUUGGAGACUUUGCCUUCGACUGAGGAGAUUAGAGAGACAGUAUGGGAUUGUGAGUCAUCUAAGGCGCCAGGUUGUGAUGGAUACAACAUGAAUUUUAUUAAGAGAUGCUGGGAUGAGAUUGGGUCUGAGUUCACCGCAGCGGUAAUGGGAUUUUUUCAGACGUGUAGGUUACCGGCGGAGUCAAAUAUAACUUGGGUGGCGUUGGCACCUAAGUUUAUUGGUGCGAAGGAGAUUAAAGACCUGAGGCCCAUUAGUAUGGUUGGGUGUGUGUACAAGGUUAUCUCGAAGAUUUUAGUUAGGAGGAUGAGAUCAGUAAUGCCGGGGUUAGUAGGAGAGACACAAAGUGCUUUUGUAAAGGGUAGGAAAAUUCAUGAUGGGGCUCUCAUAGCAUGCGAAACGGUCCACUGGCUUAAAAGGAGGAAUAAGGAAGCAGCCAUAAUCAAGUUAGAUUUCCAAAAAGCUUAUGACAGAGUCAAGUGGAGCUUUGUGGAUAUGGUUCUGGAGAAGAUGGGGUUUGGGUGCAGAUGGAGGGCAUGGGUUAUGGAGUGUGUGACCACAGCUUCCAUGUCGGUUUUAAUUAAUGGCUCGCCGUCUAAACCAUUCAAAAUGGAAAGGGGUUUGAGACAAGGAGACCCUCUCUCUCCUUUCUUGUUUGUACUGGUUGUGGAUGUUCUGCAUAGGAUGGUAGGGGAGGCAGUCAGAAACAGGCGUAUAUCUCCACUGAUGGUUGGUAGAGACAAGGUGGAGCUUUCACAUCUUCAGUUUGCUAAUGACACUAUCCUGUUCUGCCCACCGGAAGAUGAAACCAUGAAGAACUACAAGCGGCUGCUACGGUGGUUUAAGUUAAAGUCCGGACUUAGUAUUAAUUUUGAUAAGUCCAGUCUGAUUCCAAUCAACUGCGAAGAGAGGUGGGUUCAACGCAUGUGUAGCUUGUGGGGUUGUAAGGCAGACACCCUCCCAGUUAGAUAUCUUGGAGUCCCCUUAGGAGCAAACCCGAGGCUGGUGAAGACUUGGAAGCCUAUAAUCGACAAGGUAGAAGAGAAACUAAGUCUAUGGAAAGCUAAGGUGCUGAACAAAGCUGGGAAGUUGGUCCUUAUCAAAUCUGUUUUGAACAGCCUGCCGGUAUAUUAUCUGAGCUUGUAUAAGAUGCCAAAGGCGGUGGCAGAGAAAUUGAUCUCCUUACAGAGAAGAUUUCUUUGGAGCAAGGAGGAUGGGAGGAAUGGUAUGGCGUUGGUAAGAUGGGAUUUGGUGCAGGCUCCAAAGAAACUAGGUGGUUUGGGAGUUGGAGAUGCUAUGGUUCGGAACACCGCCCUUCUGUUUAAGUGGUGGUGGCGCUUUGCAAAGGAAGAGUGCCCUUUAUGGAAAAAGGUGGUCUGCUAUUGUAAUAAUUUGAAGCCAAAUGAGCUGCUGUCCACUCAAGUGCUACCUACCAGAGGAGGACCUUGGAAGGAUAUAUGUCAGUUACAAAUAAAGGAGCAACAUAUAAGGGACAAGAUAAUUACAGGUCUAUCCAUGGAGAUUGGUGACGGUCGCCGGACUAGGUUUUGGGAGGAUGUAUGGUUACAUUGUGAAUCUCUGAAAGAUCGGUUCCCCAGGCUCUUCUCUGUUUCAAACCAGUGUGGUUCGAUUAUUGGGGAUUGUGGGUUUUGGGAUGGGUUAGAGUGGAUUUGGAAUUUUCUUUGGAGGCGAGAGCUUUUUCAGUGGGAGUUGGAUCUUCUGAGCCAAUUACAUGAGACUAUGAGACCUGUGAGGCUAGUAUUUAAUAGAGAGGAUAGAGUGGUGUGGAAAUAUGAUAGGCUUGGUAUUUUUUCAACUAACUCUUUUGUGCAGGUGAUACAAGAAGGAACGCUACCAGAGGAUAUAACCAGUUACAGCUUCACUAAGUCCAUUUGGAAAGGUGUAGUUCCGCCAAGAGUGGAGCUGUUUGUUUGGUUUGUCUUAAUAGGCAGGGUGAAUACUAAGGAGAGGCUAAGUCGAUUUGGGAUACUCAACCAUGAUGAUAAGAGUUAUGUAUUAUGUAACAAGGAGGUUGAGCAGGUCUAUCACUUGUUUCUUGGCUGUGAUUUUGCUUGGCAGGUGUGGAGUGCUUGGCUAUCUGUGCUUGGCCGCCUAUGGUCUUUUCCGGGCUUGCUGAAAGAGCACUUUCUUAGUUGGACAGAAGAGCCACGGAGAAAGGAGGAUCGGAAGCAACGUUUAAGAUGUUUUUGUGCGAUUACAUGGAACAUUUGGAUGGAAAGAAAUAGGAGAAUAUUUCAGAAUAAAAGCAGCGGUGUAGAGGAAAUCGUCAACAUGUCCAUGGUUAACUACGAUGAGUGGCAAGGUGUCUCUUCAUGUUAUUGA